CAUGCGGAGAAAGCUCGCGUCUCUCGGACAGCCCUCUGAUUGGUCUCCUCUGGUGCAGGAGGCGGGGCUCGCGGCUGUGGGCGUUUCACAAAACCAGCCUCCACGCAGCUCAAGCUUUCAUUCACCACGGAUUUGUCGAGUUAACCUGACCUCUCUGCGGUUUUCAUUCCUCUACGAAUCUACUUGUUUUUUUUUCUUUUAGAGCGUAAGCGUGCGUAAAGUGCUUCUGUGAGCGUGCAGUCUCCAGGUGCGCGGACCAUCUCUUCUCGGUAAACUUUUUUUUUUUUUUUUUGCACAACCUACCUGAGUUGUGUGUCCUCUCUGCACGCCUCCUCUCCACCAUGGAUUUGGUUUGGGUUGUAGGCUUCGUUGUGAGCGUCUGCGCCUGGUUUGCUUCAGCGGAGCGGCACAGUGUCUACUGGAACAGCACGAACCCAAAGUUUCUAUGGGACGACUAUGCUGUAGAGGUGAAGCUCAAUGACUACCUGGACAUCGUCUGCCCCCAUUACCCGGAGGGUGAGGUGCCAUUGCUGGAUGCUGAGCGAUACGUGCUCUACAUGGUGGAGCGCGAGGACUACGAAUCCUGCAAGCCCCAAUCAUACGACCAGAUGCGUUGGGAGUGUGGCCAUCCGUUUGCCCCUCACGCCCCUGAGAAGUUCUCUGAAAAGUUCCAGCGGUUUACUCCAUUUACUCUAGGAAAGGAGUUUCGUCAAGGAGAAAGCUACUAUUAUAUCUCCAAACCUUUGCACCACCAUGGACAGGAAUGCCUCAGGCUCAGGGUGGACGUCGUGGCCGCUGAUGGCUCUCAAGAGGCCAGAGUGGCUAAAGGAGGCACAGGCGGGGCUGGAGUUGGAGCCGGGGGUGGGGCUCACAACCCAUCCAACAGACUGCCAGCAGAUGACCCAGUGGUAAUCCUGCCAGACGUCCAGAAGAGUGUACGGACAAACUCCGCAGUGGCAGCUACAUCCCUCUCAAUCCUCUCAUUGCUAGUCCCAUUUUCAUUACUGCUGUUGUUGCACUGAGAGCACAUGAAAGGACUGCUGUUGGCAGACUUUUUUUUUUCAGGGACUACAAUGAAGAUAGUCUGUGGGGAUGAGACCACUGACUCAAAAAGACAUGCCCAGUGCUGGCCACAGGGAGAGAGUUUUGAAGCUUGCAAAGUACGGAUGGACUCACUUGCACAACAUGUGCUGAGUAAUUCAGAGCAUUUGAGGCGAAGUAUGUGUGCUUCGUCUUAUUUUUCAAAAGGUGACGGUAUUUUUUCUUGGAAAGACCAAGCUCUCCUUGAAAUGUAUUUUCGGGGGCUCUCUCCAAAGCACAUUGGAUGAUAAUCCUCGAAGAAAAAUAUGAAGAAGCGGAAGAAAAAGUGGCCGAAGAACAAUCAAAAGCAAAGACACCAACUCUGUUUAGAAUUAUAUAGAUAUAAAUUUAGAUGGGAAUAAAUCCGCAUGGAAAAAUAAUCUCUUACCUUUUGAGCCAAAGAUCAGUCAUCUCUCCAACCUGUACACUAUUCCACCCUUGAGUAUUGUGUACUAUUUGUUGUAUUGUUAUCGUAAUGGUAUUGAGUGGCAUUGAUGUCCCAAGUGAUUACUUUCUCUAAAUGUAGCAUUGACAAACACGGGGGCUGUUCUCAUCACAACCAUUCCUUUGCAAACUCCACCAUGUGCUUAUAUACUGUAGCAUUAAUACUGCACAGUACAGACACACUAACACGCACUCCACAUCAGUGUUACACGCAGACACACACACUGACAUCGGGCAGUGAAACACAUGAAAACACAUACUACAUUGAACUGUGUUACUUGUACAUUCUGUGAAGAUAAUUUAUAACAUUUGCAGCUCAGAUGUUUUACUGUAUAUAACCAUGUGAUUAUGAAAGGAAACGUUGACUGUUGGCAACAGGGGGGGGGGCUUUUUCUCUCUCCCUCUCUCCAGGUAGAGUUAGUACUUGUGUGAAAGGAAAAAUGUGUGUAUUGAAGUGAGAGUAAGAGAAUGCACGUGAGCUAGGGAACGAUUGAUUGAAAGCGUGAUGGGACAAAAUGUUUUUCUGCCAAAAGCAAACACUGAGAUGUUGUGUGUAUUGCAGAGAGGCGGGACUUCUCUGUUUGUUGGAUCUUGCCCCUGUAUUGGUUAAACUGUCUGACAUGAAGAGCUGGUAUCACGUCUUUUUUUUUUUUUUUUUUUUUUUUUUAACAGCAGGAUCCACCCCCUGUGUAUCAUGGUGCUUUCCUUCAUGUUCCCAACCCCAGGCAGAAAACAUGCAAAAAAAAAAAAAACUAAAAUAACAUCUAAACACAAAGUGAAGUAAUCAGUUAUUUAGACUUUCAGAAUAAUCAUCACAGUUCUGGAUUUUUUGAAAAUGUUGUUAUAGUCACCCGUUCACAACAGACAAGACACAGCAUCAAAGCGAGUUGCCAAGCACAUCUUCACCUGACAGGCUGGCUUGAUCAACAAAGCACAACCGUGUACGACUACCAUUGAAGUCAGUCUUUUUUUUUAAUCUGAAUUCUUGUUACCUAAUUUUGUACAUGUGUAAGUAAGAGAAGUGUAUAAUAUGUAUAUAUAUGUAUAGAAGAUUAUAUAAAAGACCUGUUUGAUAAAUAUGCUAAAUGUGAACAUUUCAUGUGAAAUAAAAAAACGAUAUUUUUGGAAAACCAGAA